UCCGGCCUGCUCAGCAAGAGGGAUAUAUUACAUCAGUAGCUUUGGCAAAGCAGCAUUUCACUUUAAGAAAUCCACCAAGUGUAACAGUAUUAGAACUGGCAAACAAAGGCAGGAUGCGGCUUCUCGAGGCAGUCGGGUGUGUCCUGGCGCUGAUUCUAGUGAGUGAUGCAUACUUUGACUGUCGACGUCGGGGGAUGUCCUGCAAUACCGGAACAUGUAACAUCAACACGGGGAACUGCAACUGUCUCGACAACACCUCGGGGAAGGACUGCGGCCAAGGGCCUGAGACCACGGGGUGUGUUGGAGACUGCCAGAACGACGGCACGUGUACAGACAUCUCGGGGUCGCCGAGCUGCUACUGCAAUGAAACAUUCACCGGUCCCCUGUGUGAGCUGCGGCGAUCCCAAGUGGAGUGCAGCGGAGAGAACAUGACAAUAACCAUUCGACCCUACACUGGCUUCGUCGGUGCGGUGUACAUUCGAAACCAAGCCAACACUGCUGACUGUGAAUUCGAACAAAAGACGGACGCACAGUCCACAUACUACGAACAGGUCUUUAACCUCCGAGAAGGGUGUUCUGCUAUCGUGAAGAAUGACACCCCAGGGGAGGACGACGUGACGUUUCAGAGGGAGGUGAUUGUCCAGUACAACCCCAAUCUGGAGACGCGGCUGGACCAGAUCAUCACAGUCUCAUGUGAACAUAUCGCUGCCAACACAUCAGAUCUAGAGAGCACCAUGCCAAGCGUCGACGUCGAUCAAAGGACCAACCUUACAAGAGACGAGACGAAGUCAGUGUACGAACCUGUGGAGUUCGAGAUUCAGGAGAGAAGCGGAGGCAAGGUCAGCCCGCCCAUCUUCAUUGGCAGGGAGCUACGCCUGUUCUUCUCCCUCAAGGACACAGCUGUGUUCAAGACGUUGAACGUGGAGAGUUGCAUGGCUGUGAACGGGCGAUCAGGAUCCGACAGGAAAACCCAGAACCUGGUACAAAACAGCUGCCCAACAAUAGAAUCCAUUGAUGUGUUACGAGGGCCUCUAGCACGUAACACUGACCAGAGCGCUGUUGUCAUCAACUUCGAUGCAUUUAAGUUUGUGGACAGUAACGACCUGGAGUUUGAGUGUAAGGUUCGCACGUGUAAGGAGGGGGACACCAGGUGUGAAGCGGAAACUUGCUUUGGGACCGAUACAGGAUUCGGUAGGAGGAAGAGAGAUACCGACGUCGGGAGGAUGCAAGAGGAAGAAACGGUUGUGAGGAGCAGAAUCACAGUGAUAGAUCCCCACUCAUCGCAGAUAAUGACAGGUUCUGUGAGCGACUCUAAAGAAUGCAUUCAGAGGACGGAUAUCAUCCUCACCAUCGCCAUGCUGGCUGCUGCCGUCUUCAUCCUCUUCAUCGUCACUUUCUGUCUGGCAUUAAAAGCUCUCCGGUCACGUCGUGAAAAGUCCGUUGACAGUGACACCGACUCAACGACGUCGUCAGGCGGCACACGCCUUAGAAUACCUCGGGUCAGAUCGGUGUUCUAGACCUAUUCAGUUCUGUAAGGCUUAAGCAGGAAAUGUUUCUCGGGCAUCGGCAUGUUACUUAAAGGUGAGGUGAGGUGAAAUGGGGUGAGGUGAGGUGAGGUGAGGUGAGGUGAGGUGAGGUUAAAUGAGGUUUAACGUCGCGUCCAAGAUUAUUGCACUUAUA